AUUUACUUCAGAGCGAUGGAUCGAGGCAAAACUAUUAUUUCUAGUGUACAGCAUACAAUCUACUAGUUUACAGGUAUGGUCAAGCGCAUCUUGAACGUCGUCACCAACGUCGGGCACUACGACGACCCGUCCCAUCCAACCGGUUUGUGGUUAUCCGAGCUCACGCACGCCUGGCACGUCUUUGAGGAGCAUGGGUUCGAGCAGACCAUCGUUAGUCCGGCGGGUGGCCCCUGUCCUCUGGAGCCGCGGUCGCUGAAGUUCCCCAACUACGACAAGACUGCGAAAGCGUGGCACGCUGAUCCGGCACGGAUGGCACUGCUGGAGAACACCGCCCGACCCGACCAGAUCAAUUCGGCGGACUUUGACGCUAUCUACUUCACUGGCGGACAUGCGGUGAUGUACGACUUCCCAGUCAGUCAGGGCCUGCAGCGCAUCACACGAGAGAUUUACGAACGGGGUGGCAUCGUCUCCUCGGUCUGCCACGGCUACUGUGGAUUACUCAACACGGAGCGCUCUGAUGGUACCUACCUAGUCUCCGGACACGAGAUGACCGGGUUCUCCUGGUUCGAGGAAGUGCUUGCCCGUGUAGACAAAUUUGUGCCUUACAACGCCGAGGAAGAGCUGAAGAAGCGUGGCGCCCACUACAAGAAGGCCACACUGCCGUUUGUCUCCUACACCGUCGUCGACGGCAAUCUGGUGACUGGGCAGAACCCCAGCUCGGCUACUGAGACUGCGAAAAAGGUCGUCGCCGCCCUUAACCACUCGUGAGCGCCCGUCUUGUAGCCGGAUAGCACGAGCCCUAGGGAUCUCCAGAGAUGGAAAGCAAAGAGGGGAUGAUAGUUGGAG